AUGCAUCAAUCCCUGCCGACGACCACCUUCCCCUUCCUUCCGGCCCCUUAUUCGGACGCGAAAGUCAGAUCAGCCAGAUCGUCGACAGGAUUCUCCGCCAAAAAAAAGCACAUUUCGCUCCUUGGUGCCGCUGGUAUCGGCAAGUCUUCUCUGGCCCGUACUGUUGCCAGGGACUCUCGAAUAGCCAAGGAGUAUCUCGCACAUCGCUACUUCGUCGACUGCGAAUCUGCGGUGUCUAUCAAUCUUCUUGUCACGGUUACCGCCGGAGCGGUAAAUAUUCGGACGGAAGAAAACUCGCAGAGCCUCCGAAGCCACGUGAAGCAUUUCCUUGCACGGCAUGCGACACUCCUUGUUGUAGACGGCUUUGAAACAGUCUGCGAGAAUGAUACUGUCCAAGUGGAGAGCUUCCUCCGUGAACUCCGCAAAAUAAAGUCCUUGUUACUUAUUCUGAACAUCCGUGGAACCGAGGUGCCCUUGCCUGAGGCUUGGUGCAAGCGACUUGAGGUGGAGCCGCUGGAUAUCGAUCAAGCGAAGGACAUGUUCAUUUCAAUCGCUCAUGAGAGUAAGGAUGGUCCAGUUCUGGAUGAUCCAGGUUUUAUGGAACUUGUUUCUGCUAUGGACGGCUUACCCCUCGCCAUAGAACUGAUGGCCAAACGUGUUCUAGACCAACCGGACAGGAAGCUGAGUCACCACCUCCAACAAUGGAUGAUAAGUCAUACUGCUGUCCUUGGACGUUCGGUACCAAGUCGCCUUACCUCUCUCGAUUCAUCCCUUGAGUUGUCCUACAACAGCCCUCGCAUGAUGGUCGACGCACGCAACCUCCUGGCUAUCCUUUCUUUACUCCCAGAAGGCCUCCCAAUCGACGAAAUUCGUAACGUCUUGCCGUCUGCAACCGAAGAUCCUAGCUGGCCAUUGCUGAAAACUUCCUUUGGGUUCCAACAAAACGAACGAAUCAAGCUGCUUGGCCCCACCCGGUCUUUCAUCCUCAGGAAACAGACGCGCACUCCAAUUGACGACAAGCUCCUUGAGCCUCUCAGGAAUUACAUGUUCCGCCUCGCCGCCACAGCAAGAGGAUUCGGCGGUGCCAACGGAGCCGACGUCGUCGAGCGUCUCACUCCUGAGAUUGGAAACUUCAAUACCGUCAUCAGGUACCUCCUCAAGAUUCGCCAUGAAGUGGGUAUCCAUCUGACUCGCACCGCGCAUGAUUGA